GCAUUAUUUAUUUACUUAUUUGCAUAUCAGUUGUCGGCCUUUGUUAUGUAUAGCUUUUCAUAAACUCUAUUCUAUUUCUUUAUUUUCCUGUAAAUGCCUGCAAGAAAAUUAACCUCAGGGUAGAGAUUGGUGACACGUAGUGAUAUAUACAGAUAUUUUGAUAAUAUAUUGAUUUUGUUCCAUAGUCCUAUAAUAGCAGAUAGAAGCUGUCCUCGAGUCUGGUGGUAUGUGCUUUCAGGCCUUUGCAUCUUCUUUCCAAAAGAACAUAGAAUGUUCCAGCACAUUCCAGGCCCUUUGGUCCACAUUGUUGUAUGGUAGGACCUGUUAAUCUCCAAAAGACACUGGAGCAAAAUUGAGCCGUUUGGCCUAUUGAAUCUGCUCCACCAUUCUAUCAUGGCUGAUUUAUUAUACUUUUCAAACCAUUCUCCAACCUUCUCCCCGUAUCCUUUGACGCCCUGAUUAAUGAACCCCCUAUUAACCCCUGCUUUAGAAUUACCCAAGGACUUGGCCUCCACCGCGGUCUGGGCAAUGAAUUCACCACUCUCUGGUUAAAGAAAUUCCUCCUCAUCUCUGUUCCAAAGGGACGUUCUUCUAGGGCAGGGGUUCCCAGCCAUAUUUUAUGCUACCAUUAACCAGGGGGUCGGUGAAUCCCUGUUCUAGGGUGAUCUGUAAUUGCAAGCUGUCAUCUCCUCUAGACGUGUUACACAGCAGCAGUUGUUGUUGCAAGGGGCGGUAUACACAUCACUAAGAAUCUCACCUGGUCUGUACAUACCGGCUGUGUAGUGAGAAAAGCGCCACGGCGCCUCUUUCACCUCAGACGGCUGAAGAAGUUUGGCAUGAGUCCCCGAAUCCUCAUGACUUUCUACAGGGGACGAUUGAAAGCAUCCUGGCUGUCCGUGUCACCGCCUGGUACGGGAACUGUACUUCCCUCAAUCGCAGGGCACUCAGUGCGGAGAGUGGUGUGGACCCUCCGUGGAUGUGAACUUUCCUCUGUUCAGGACAUUUACAGCAGCAGGUACGUAAAACGGACCCAGGGGAUCAUCAUGGACUCCAGACACCCCAACCACAAACUGUUUCAACUGUUUCCGUCUGGCAAACGGUACCGCAGCAUUAAAGCCAGGACCAACAUUCUCCGGGACAGCUUCUUCCACCAGGCGAUCAGAUUUAUCAAUACACAUUGAUCUGUUUGUGUAUCUGACUGAUUACAUGUAUACAAAACAAUUAUGUAUACAGUUUUAGUGUUUGGGCACUACAAUCCCACAUUCCCCCUUUUUAUUGCUUGUACAUAUCGACGGAGACGCACCAUAAAGAUUUUUACUCCCUCGUGUUGCGAGAUGGAUGUAAGAAAUGAAAUAAAUUCUAAGAAUUCUGAAUUCUGAAGGACAAUAUGUUGGAACAAACUACAGUUCCCGGCAAACCUCCUGCAUGUCAACAAAGCUCCAUUUCUGGUUCAGAGGGACAUCCUACUGAACGCCCAAUGAUGCCAUCCGGCGCAAUGCAGUUUCUUGUUUGCCUCUGUGCACCGGGCACUAGACAGAGGACUACUGUGUCCGGCUCCGCGGCGGCUCCUGCACCGGGAGGUCAUGGUUAGAAACUGUCCCCUUGCCCCACCACUGGCUCCCUGCAGCUUGUGAGGACCAGCCCGUGUCUUGGUUGAGGUGCUGCAGCGGAGAGAGGAAACGAUAUCGAAAGCAUCCCCGCCUCGCCCCCAACGCUUUGGACCACCGCUUGGCUGGCUCUGCAGGUUUAGUCCCGCCGUGUGCGCAGACUGACCAUGAAUCCCGGAGGUCUGCUCUGCUUCCUGCUCCUGGCUGCUUCUCGUCCCGGGAUAGUGCGGGGCAAGGUGGUGAAAGAUUUCCAGGAAUGUAACUGGUUCUUCCGGGAUAAGGUGUCGCCGCAGGGAUUUGGAAAUGAUAGCGCGAGCAACCUGGUCAGGAUCUGUCAGAAGUACAAGAACGAUUAUCACUUUGCCACCCUCUAUCAGACAGACCACCGGAUCCCGAUGUACUCCGCCUACCGCUACCCCUGCUCCAUGGGCCAGGACGAGGCUCACAGACCCGCUGCCUGGUUUCUGGAACCGCAGAUCGAUAAUCUAAAUCUCCCAGACGAAAUGGCGAACAAUAUUAACUCUCUUGGCAAGCUGCAGGCACUGAACUCAGAUUAUAAGGGCGAAGAUUACCAACGGGGCCAUGUUUACCCAUUUAAACUUAAUAACAAGACAAGUGGUACAAGCACCUGCACACUUACCAAUGCAGUCCCCAUGACCCCGAAGGCGAAUAAGAUUUGGUACCGCAAGGUGGAAGCCGUAGUGACAAAGCUGGCGGGAGCAUGCCAUAAAUCGGGUCGGGUAAUGUACCUGGUAACAGGUCCUGCCAACAUCACGGAGGAGAAACUGAAGGGAAGGGUCUCGGUGCCUGGAUUUGCAUGGACGGCUCUCUGCUGCGCCUUCCCACAGGAUCAGAGUGAAGAUCCCUGUCAGAGUACCCCCAUGAGUGCAGAACUGGAAGGGGAGAAUGAAGUGACGUAUAACAAAGACUACUCAUUGGCGUUCAUGAAAGAUUUGGAGUCGGAGGCGGAGGCGGAACAUCUAACAGUGAAUGAGCUACAACGCCAGCUGGGUGUGGGCAAUAUCUUUAACAGCUGUGGCUCAGGCAGCCAGGCUGAGGAAGAGAUUUUUGAAGAGAUCAAAGAUCUUAUCAAACAAAUAAAAAUCAGUGUGGCUGAUCCAAUGUUGGAAGAAGACAGUUUACCACAGCCACUUUCCAAAGAGAAUGAUGGUAAUGACUUGGUGAUACAGCCAAUUGCAGCUCCAUUGGAACUAGCCAGUGAAGAGGCGAAUGAGGCCAUUUGUCCAUCUAUCAUCACCACAAUCUUUAUUCCCUUCAAAAACAUUGCCCAUGCAACCAUGAUCUUUGCCCAACUCUUUGCAGCUGUCCUCCGAGUUGUCCGAGUCCUGGCUGUCACAGUUUUAAGGAUCCCUUUUGGGAUUAUCUACAGUACUGUCAGCUGUUUUACCACCAUGGCUAAGUAUUUGAUUGUCACGGUGUUCUCAGUUCCCCAAGAUCUCUUGUGUAUUGUGGUCAGCAUUGUAUCAGACACCACUAAUGUCAUCUCUUGGGUUGGCAGAUUGAUCAGGUAUUUCAUCAGAAUUUUAUAAGUCUUCACACAAAGGCUCUCUGGUGCUUUGUGAAGGGCUUGCCUUUCGUAUGGAGAGACUAUUUAUCCACCAGUUCCAGCUUCCAGGGAUCGCCAGUCACCACCACUAACAUGCUCUGAGGAUUCUUCCCUUGCCCACUAAAAGAGAUACUACCCUUAGCCUUCAUAUACUUCAGGAAGCCCUGCUUUGACCAAACCUAGAUGGUUCUAUAGUGGUUGAUGUGUAUCCCUCACUAAUAUGGUUUAUCUAAUCGUUAUUGGAGUGCUGUUAUUGGGAGCUUGCUGUUUGCAAAUUGCCUGCCUCAUUACCUAUAUCUCAAAGAGGAUGACAGUUUGCAUUUCUGUCAUGAAACGUUAAACUAUGUUUUUCUCUCUCCACAGAUGUUGCCUGGCCUGCUGGGUAUUUCCAGUCAUUUCUCUCUUUAGGCCAGAUUUUGGGCAUCUGAUGGUAUUUUGCUUUAGUGCUCUUCACAGGUAUUUAAGAUUGUCCGUUAAGGAAAUUGGAAUAUGCUUGCUAAAUCAAUCUUCCAGCAUCUAGGCUUCCAAUUUUUCUCGCAUGAAGUUUCAUUGUUAACCUACUGCAGCGCAGAGUUCCUAAAGGGAUUAUUAUUCACACUAUUUGUGAAACUCAGUCUUGGUUGUUGACAUGGCCAGUUAGCUUCUUUAUGGAAGCGCUGUGAAGAUGGUAGUGGAAGAUUGGAGAAAACGUUGAAGACUAAUGUGUUAAUGAAAAUUAAGGCUGUGUCAAAGCCUUAUGGUCAACACACUCAUCUUGCAGGAGUAAUGAAAAGAGUCAUAGAACACUACAACACAAAAACAGGCCCUUCAGCCCAUCUAGUCUAUGCCAAACUAUUAUCCUGCCUAAUCCCAAUGACCUGCACCUAGACCAUAGCCCUCCAUAUCCCUGCCAUCUGUGUACCUAUCCAAAUUUCUCUUAAAUGUUGAAAUCAAACCUGCAUCCACCACUUGUGGUGGCAGCUCAUUCUACAAUCUCACUCCCCUCUGAGUUAAGAAGUUCCACUUAAACAUUUCCCC